CGAGUGAGGGACGCACAGACAUCCAAGAUGGCGGCUAACACGGUCUUCAUUCGAGGAGCUGUUUUUAGGCCAGCAUCAUGGUGAGAAACUGAACUUUUACGGGUAACAGAUAAAGCAAUUUCCAGAUUUUUCUGAGUGCUGUAUUUUUCUGUUCUUUUUUUGCAGUCCAGCCGUAAGGAACAUGGCAACAUUGAAAGAUAGUAAGUUAAAAUAUCAAACUAAUUCACAAAGUUUGUGUUGAUCGAGCGAUUCGAUGUCGAGAAUAACUGUGUUCUUGCUGAAGUUGAUUGUUACGGCAAUAAAGGGAUAAGGAGCCUUAAGUUCUCAAGAAGAAAAAAAGAUUUUUCCCGUAAUGAAAUCUCUUUCACAGAUGUUUCUAAGGGAGUAAUCACAAACAAGCAAUUUGUGUUGCACCGUAGGAAUAUUACGCCUCCUUGUCCGGAGAGAUGUGAAAUUUGUCAAACAUCAAUGUAUAAAUAUCAGAAGUUAAGGUGGAGUGCCAUGCCACAGUUUUUUUUUUUAGAAAUUAUGACAUGUCUAGUUUUCUUAGUUCUUUCCAUGUGUUAUUUUUGUUCAUUUUAAGGUCUCAGUUGCUUGUUGCACUUUGAAAUCUUAUCUAAUAAUACUGUAAAUGACUAUUUAAUUCUCAAGAUCUGAUUGUCAAUACUCCCUUCUAGCUGUUACACAUUUCCUUGGAUAAUAGUAACAAGAAUUUGUUAUUAGAUCAAAAUAACAAUUACCUGAUUAGUUUGAGUAUUCUCAUCACAUCUUUACUAGUUAAUGGGAGGAUAUUUUUGGGAGAAGUUACCUGUUGAUCACUCAAAAGAGUUAAAGGGUUAACUGCAUAGUGUCACCGCAUACUCUAAAAAUAUUAUGCUUUUCAAUUUAGUCUCCUUGCGAUUAAGGAGUGUGAAAAAUAUCCAGAAGAUUACAAAAUCCAUGAAAAUGGUAUCAGCUGCCAAGUUUGGUAAAGCAGAGAGGGAAUUACGUCCCGCAAGAAUUUAUGGAGCUGGUGCUUCAGGUAUGUAAAUUUAACUGAAUUCACUUCCACUCACAAUCUUGUUCUUGAAAAUGAGAACAGAGGAUAGAGAAACAGUGUGAAUUUUUGUACAUGAACAUGUUAACAAAUGCUUUUGUUGAUCUGAUCACGGCUUACAUGUUUUUCCUCAGCUUUGUAUGAUAAAGUUGAAAUCAAACCAAGUGAUGUGGACAAGACAACACCCAAAAACCUCAUAGUUGUGAUGUCAUCUGAUCGUGGAUUGUGUGGUGGGAUCCAUUCUAACUUGGUGAAGGCUGUUAAGGCUGCUUUGGGAGAAAAGCAGGUUGAUGACAGUACAAAAAUUGUGGCAUGUGGAGAGAAAGCAAGGCAGUUGUUUCUACGAACACAUGGUAAGUGGAUAGAAUUUCAAGGAAUUUAUUGAUUAAUCCAGAGCAGGAAACAGUGUAUAAGCUGUACCUUUUUUUCUGAAAAUUUCCACAACAAAUCAGGGCUGUGAUUUAUCUCUGAGAGCAUCUGGUGAACAUGCCACAAACUUGCUUAACCCUUUCACUCCCACAAGUGACCAAGACAGAAUUUCUCCUUACAAUAUCAAUACAAUAUCAAGCAGGCAGGUGAUGAGAAUAGAGAAGAAUAUCAAUCAUGGGAUUAUUAGUUGAUCCAAUACCAAAUUCUCUGAACUAACAUCACAAGAAUUGUAUGGCAGAUAGUAAGGAGAAUUACUAAUCAGAUCUUGGGAGUGUAAGGGUUAAAUUAGCACUAUCUGUGGCAAUUUUCAUAAGUGAAGUCUUUAUAGCAAACUAAAAAGAGGUAAUUAACCCUUUAACUCCUGUGAGUGACCAAGACAGACUUUCUCCUUUCUAUAUCUAUACACUAUAAUGCAGACAAGUCAUGAGAAUAAGGAAAAAUAUCAAUUGAUCUGAUACCAAAUUCUCCAAACUAAUAUUGUACCUUAUAUAUUAAGGACUGGGGAAGUUGUUUCUUAUUGGUUUUGUUCAUAAUAAACCGUCUCCUAAAGAUUUCUUUUUAGCUUUCUUUUUAAAUAUAUUUAUUAUUGUUUGUUAGGUGACUACUUGCUGAUGAGCUUUUCAGAGAUUGGUAAAAGGCCUCCUCAGUUCUGUGAAGCCACCUUCAUUGCCCAGGAAAUCCUUGAUAGUGGAUUCCAGUAUGAUAUGGGGGAGAUGUAUUAUAACUGGUUUAAGUAAGUUGUACAUAUUCAGGAUUGUUGUGUGGUGCCAAAAAAAAAAUUUACUGUAUGAAAAUGUGGUAAUCAUCAGCUGGAUUUUUCAGCUGGUGAUCCCUUCACAAAAACAUGCAAAGCACCUUCUGUGAGGCACCAUCUUUGAGCAGCCUUACUUUGAAUUUCAGCUGGUAGCCUAAUCUCUUACCUUUAGCCCUGCAUGUAUAUUCUUAAUGGUACAAGACAAAUAUGAGAAAUUUUUCAGUUCAGUAUUUGUGAGUGAAAGACAAACAAAGUGGGUUUUUUUUCAUCAGGUCAGUGGUUUCAUACAAGACUCAGACAAAACCACUUCACUCGUUUGAUACUUUGAAUUCUGUCUCAGGAGGUAAGGAGAAUUACAUGAAUUUGUUUAAUCAUAAUCAAGUAUAAGCAUUUAUUUCAAUUGUGUGAGUGAUUAUAAUGCAAACAAUCAUGCAUUCUGAUUGAUCAAAGUGUGACUUACCUUAACACUAUACCUCCUGUGGGUGACCAAGACAGAAUUUCUCCUUACAAUAUCCAUACAGUAUCAAGCAGAUAAGUGAUCAGAAUAAGAAAAAUAUCAACAAGGGCACUGCUAGUUGAUCCAAUACCAAAUUCUCUAAACUAACAUCGUUAGAACUGUAUGGCAGACAGUGUGCAGAAUUUGUGAUGAUAUCUUGGGAAUGAAAGGGUGAAUUCAAGAGACCAAAGCAAGCAGAUUAUGAGACUGUGGCCAUAAUUUCUUUUAUCUCUUUAUUCUUUGAGAUAUCUUGGGCUAAAAGUAAAGAACAUGCUUUGCUCUGAUAAUCUGUUGAAUAAAAUUUUCCUUACUUCCAACAACUGGCUUUGUCAUUCAAUCAGCAUUAGCACCCAACCAAUAUAUGGCAGGCACAGGUGUGACCCUUGUCCAAGCCCGAAAUUUUCCUAAGCUUCUUUUGGUGCAGUUUAUUCAAUAGAAAUGUGCACUGUAGCUGUGAGGAAAAUUGUGUUAGUUAUUUGUUUAUCAUGUGAAGAAUUUUCUCAAACAACUGUCAUUCUUCUCAGUUUUACAUUUUGGUAGCUUUACUUGUAUCUCUGGGGCAAGUAACUCUUUGACCCAUAGGAGUUAUUAGUGUCUAAUUUCUCCUUCCAUUUUUACCCCUGAAUCACUUGAGGUCAGGAGAACAAAGGAAAUGAUCACUAGCUAAAGAAGCUCUUGAUUGUUUAACAAUUUCUCCUUAACAGCACCUUAAAAAAUGUAUGGAGAACUGUAAGGAGAAUAUGGCUACUGAUGUUAGGGUGUAAAGGGUUAAAAUUUAACUUUUCUUGUGGAUUUUGGAUUCUUAGACACUCUGAGUACCUAUGAUGACUUGGAUUCUGAUGCGAUAAAGAACUACUCUGAGUUCUCUUUGGCUAGUCUUUUGUUUUAUGGCAUGAAGGAGGGAGCCUGUAGCGAGCAGAGCUCUCGAAUGACUGCAAUGGACAGUGCUAGUAAAAAUGCGGGUGAGUAAAUUUUCAAACACUCAAUUGCAAAUUGCUCUAAAGUGCUGGAUAACGUGUUAUCAAUCAAAUUUGGGUUCUUCUAAAUGAUUUGUAAUCCUAGCCAUCCAAGAUACUGGAUGGUAAAAUUGCAACCGAGUGACAGUUUUUUGUAAAAAUUCCCCAUAUCUCUUGAAGCGUUUGCUCUACAGAGCUCAUUCAGUGAUCAGUUUUAUCUUCCAAUAUUCAUAACUGUUGUUCAUGUGAUUUGGUCAGAUGAGUAUUUCAGCCCCAAAAGGGUGUGCAAAAGAAUUUUACCCUCAUCAAAGUUUACUUACUGUUUCCAUCUCUCUUAAAGGUGAAAUGAUUGACAAGUUGACUCUGACAUACAAUCGAACUCGCCAAGCUGUGAUUACAAGGGAAUUGAUUGAGAUCAUCUCAGGAGCUGCUGCACUAGAUUAGAUUGAGAACUUUUUAUGAAAAUGAUGUCUUAAGUAAUGUUUGUAACUGUUGAAAUAAAGAAGCCCUUGGAGGUGUGUUUCCAUCCUUGACAAAAUUUGGUCUUGAAUUGUACUCACGAUAAUGAAUAUCAAGUCAUCUCAACUAAGGACAACUAAGCUUAUUCAAAUGAAAUAUCAGGCUAUAGCUGCAUGACAACCAAGCUUAUACAAAUGACAUAUCAGGUUACCACUGCACAACAACCAAGUUUAUACAAAUGGAAUAUCAGGUUACAGCUGCACAACAACAAAGCUUAUUCAAAUGGAAUAUCAGGCUACAUGCAUUUUUCCUACAUUCGAACACUUGAAUUUCAAUGAUUAACUCCUAUCAGGUAAAUGUGGCUUGUAUGGUAAGGUUCUAAAGAAGGGAAUGGGGGUGAAUGGGAAAAAUACAAAAGAAGAAACACUCAUUUUCUACAGUGCCUCUAUAGUCUAUUUGUGAAUGACAGAUCCCCUCACCAUUCACCUGAAAACCAUGUGAUCCCCAAAAAAUCAUCUCAGCCCCUGCCUCUCUCGGCGAUAGAACUGGUCACUUAUUGUCAUGGUCUGCCAAUUAUUUUCUGUAAUUUAAGUGUUUGUGUCUGGCCCUCACUUAAAAACUUGAUUUAAUUCAAAAUUGUCAACUACCAGACAGUCUGUGGAUAAAAUGUUAACCUGUUAAUUCUCAAGAUCUAAUUGUCAAUUCUCCAAUCUAGCUGCCACACAUUUCUUUUUAAGUUAGUUAUGAGGGUUUGAUGCUAGAUCAAGAUAACAACUUCUACCGGAUAAGUUUGAG